AAGAACAUUCACACUUCAGGCAACAAAGUCGAACAGAUAUCACAAUUCAUCAUGUCGAAGCUUUUCAUCGGUGGCCUAGCAUGGCAUACAGAGGAGGCCACUCUUCGCCAGAAGUUUGAGGAGUUUGGCCCUGUCGAAGAAGCUGUGGUGGUCAAGGACCGUGAUACUGGUCGCAGCCGCGGCUUCGGGUUUGUGCGAUACACCCAGGAGGGCGACGCUCAGAACGCCAUCGCAGCCAUGAACAAUGUCGAGUUUGAUGGCCGCAACAUUCGAGUCGACAAAGCAUCCGACAAUGGCCCUCGAGGUGGUUUUGGUAGAGGAGGAGGAGGAGGAGGAGGCGGCGGCUAUGGACGAAACUUUGGUGGCCCAAUGCCAUACGGAAUGGGCCCUCCCGGACCUGGCUACCAGAUGCCUGCCCCUAACAUGUACGCGCCCAUGCCUUAUGGUCGCGGAUAUCCUCCCCAGCAAGGCUACGGAGGCCCCCCUCAAGGAUACAUGCCUCCUCAACAGCAGUACGGGUACCAUGAUCCCUCUCAACAGAUCCCUCCCCAGCAGCAGCAGCAGCAGCAGCAUCACCAGGGUGGAAGAGGAUACUAGAGGGUGCUAGUUUGACUAAUAGCCCGACAUGGGGGCAUCAUUGCGCCCCCACGAGUUAUCGGCAGGCAUUGAAAAAUGAACUUUCGAUGGCCAAUGAUUUCGACAGCUUCUCGUAAUUGAGCCUACGGAUCCUUUGAAUGGUUGGAUGAUGAGGCAUUGGUGAGCAUAUUGGAACGCACAACUAUACCCGGUUACUUUGGUUGAAAGCAUGGUUUGAGGGGCAUGGCCUUUUGGGUUGGAAUGCCAUUUUGACACGGCCGUUUUACGAAUGAACCUAGUGCGAAAAGACAAAGGAUGGUGUCUCGGUAGGCAGACAUGGAAGAAAAUGUGAAAUGGCGCUGUGUGCGGCCACUUUCUCUCG